CGACCAUCUCUUUCUCUAGUCCAACUCGCCUCAAACGGGGCUGCUUCUGCCGCAAUACUAAUCGGACUUGCUUUCUAUUUCCUUCUUUUCUUUUUUUUGGAGAAACCAAGAAAGAAAGUCUUGGCGGAACUUUUGAAAAAGAAGCUCUUUGGGCGUCCGAGGUUAUUGAUCGGACAAAGCGACGUCGUAUACGGAGGUAGAAGGAUCAUUUAAAGCGGCUGAUUCUGUGCUUGAUACGGAUUGAUUCAAUAUACCUUUUAUUGCCUUCUUUCCAAACGCUUUCUCGUUAUGCCUUUCCUUUGCCUUUACACGACGACCACGCCCACUUUUUUGAAUUCCAUUCCUUCUUCGGUUUCUUGAAAAAAGCUGCCUUUUUUCUCUGCUUCUUAGCGCCGCCUUUAUUCCUCUGAUCACCAUGAAGCCAUUCAGCUCUGUUUGUUCUGCACUGUCAGAUCCUAAAACUAGAUCAUGCCUCUGCAGUCUUUUUGUCACCAUUGCGCUAAUUUGCAGUGUGUAUUUCACAGCAAAUGUAUAUUUUGGAAGACAAUAUAAGAUACCUUUCCGGUCUGGAACAAGUCACUCAAAACAAAGUGCUAAAUCAUGUAGAAAUGAGGUUUCAUCAGCCAUGGAUGUAAAAAUAAAUGACACCAAAAAUAAUUUCGAGACUGGUAAAUGCAUGGAAAAAUGCAGGCCUGUUGGUAGUGAGGCACUUCCGGAGGGGAUUGUUUCGGCAACAUCAAAUUUGGAAAUGCACCCUUUGUGGGGCCCACUCACCGAAAAGGAGAACUCAAAGCAUCAGGUGAAUUUGCUGGCCAUUCCUGUUGGGAUAAAGCAAAAAGAGAUAGUGAACCAAAUCGUUAAGAUGUUUCUAGAGGAUGAGUUUGGUGUGAUGCUAUUUCAUUAUGAUGGUGUUGUCGAUGAAUGGAAUGAUCUUGAAUGGAGUAAGAAAGUUAUACAUGUAUCUGCCGUGAAUCAAACAAAAUGGUGGUUUGCAAAGCGUUUUUUGCACCCAGAUAUAGUUGCUGAAUAUGAGUAUAUCUUCCUAUGGGAUGAAGACCUUGGAGUAGAAAAUUUUCACCCUAAAAGGUAUGUAUCGAUUGUGAAAGAAGAGGGUCUUGAAAUAUCUCAGCCUGGACUCGAUCUUUAUAAAUCGGAGGUGCAUCAUCGUAUUACAGUGCGCAAAAGGAAUUCGAAAGUUCACAGGAGGUUCGUUACAUCCAAUGCCAAUGGAUGCAAAAGAAACAGUAGUGCUCCUCCUUGUGUAGGAUGGGUAGAAAUGAUGGCUCCUGUAUUUUCGAAAGCAGCUUGGCGUUGCGCAUGGUACAUGAUCCAGAAUGAUUUUAUUCACGCGUGGGGUUUGGACAAAAAGCUUGGCUAUUGUUCACAGGGUGAUAGGACAAAAAAAGUUGGAAUUGUUGAUGUAGAGUAUAUAUACCAUUUGGGUCUUCCUACACUUGGUGGUGAUUCUAAUAGACUUAAGGGUUCUCAGCCAUCAGUCCGUAAAACAGAUAAUAACAAUAACAGACCUGAGGUAAGGAAGCGAUCCUAUGAUGAAAUGAAGGCUUUCGAUAAUCGGUGGAAGAGGGCUGCCCAACAGGAUAAAUGUUGGGUUGAUCCAUUUAAGUAAACAAAGCACAACAAGAACAACAUUACUGUACAGGAGGAGCUGCUCCGUUAUGGCACAGGGAAGCUCUUGAAAUUAGCUGAGAAAGGAAAAUCUUUUUUAGAAAACUUUUCUUUGCUUCUGUUUUUAUAUAGUUUUUGGCUUGUUACAAAUACCGCAGGUUUUCUUGGAAUUUGGUUAUAGUUUAUUUAGAUGCCUCCUGUUCCUUUUUUGAACAAGACACAAUACUACACGAGUAGGAUUGUAGAGACCAGACACCAUUGGCCCGGAUGAUUGACCCAAUGAAACAGUCUAGCACUAGGAGAACGCGUGCUUGUCACCGGGAGCGUAGCUCACAUGGUAGGAAGAGGUGCUACAAGGGAUGAGAUGUCAUCCUUUUUUUAGAACGUGAUCCGUCAGAGAAUGUAAAAUUGUGAUCCUUUGUUGAAGGGGGGGAGAAGUGGCAACUAUUUUGUAAUCUUGAAAACACCAAUUCAUUCCUACUCAUCUCUAUAUCUGAAUAAUUACAUGGAACACACCAACAUGAUCACUAUGGACUAUGGAGUAUGUUGGUAUCAUGAAUUCAUGAUCAUUGAUCACAUCAACGUGCUCCAUUGCUCCAUAGUGAGCAUGUUGACGUGCUCUAUAAUAAUUUUCUUUUAUGCUCCUUCUCUUGAAAAGGCAUUCAAGAGAAAGUAUACGUUUCUAGGUUGAAGACAUUCAUUUAGAUUAACGGCCGACGGUUGAUUAUCCGACUUGGGUUAAGAGCUGCGAUGCUAGAACAGAGACGGGUUGAUGUUCGUACGUGCCUGAUUCCCUGGAACAGUCAUACGAAGAGGAAGAUAUGAAGAAAAGAAUGAAACGAAGGGAAAAUAAAAUAAAAUAGAAAAGGGAAAAAUGAAAACCAAUAAAAAUAGGCCACGUAUUCGAGUCACUUACUGAAUUUGUUAAUGCAGGUCACCGGUUCAUUUUGAGAAGAGACUCGUUAUAGUUCAGAUUAUUUUAGAAUUAUGCAUAUUUUGGAUUUAUAUUAGAAGAUGACUAAUAGUUCAGAUUAUUCAUGUGAAUUUUUCCUUCAUAAUACUUCUUAUAUUUUUAACAAGUACUUAAAUCAAAUAUUAAUCAACUGAAACUUUGCAUAUAAAAUCUAAAAAAUAAUACUCCGUAUAAAAUCAUACAAUGGAGGCUAAUCCACAAAUUUAGCUGAAACAUUAUUUUUUUGAUUAGUCAAAAUUCAAAAGUAAUACAGAUUUUUCCACAAGCAAAAAAAAAUAUACUAGUAGAGUAUAAGGUUUGAAAAAUUUAUAAGUAAUAUUAGUUCUAUCACCUUAAAACUAGAAAGCAAUGCGAAAAGUACGAAAUGAAAACAAGAUUUUCAGGAUCAUUACAUCAAUCAAACGAAAAUCAAAACUGACACCAACUAAACUCCAAAAACUAUGUAGCCUAUGAUCAGACUUAGAGACGAUCACCCCUGAAAGAGCAUCACAAAUUACUAAACAUGUAGUGGGCUUGACAAUUCCAUCCUUGGCCCCAUAGAUCCAUAUACUCGUAACGACAUAAAAAUAGGCUAAAUUCCCAAACAAACUGGCAAACCAAACACCAUAGAUGGUAACAAGAAUCCAAAUGACAACAAAAUAAUACUACGUAACUAAAAGGAAAACUUUUAUGGACCCUGGCACUUCAUUCAACCCAUGACGGUGGUUCAGGAUGAGGCCUUACCAUCGGUACCACUCCAAUUGAUUCUUCAUUGUCGAUCAAAAUCUGGCCUACGUGAAAACCGUCCACCUCUCCUCGUCCCGCACUCAUAGCAAAACCGCCACUAAUUGUUUUCAUCUUCGCUGCCAAACCUUGAGAAGCCUUCACCCGCCUUACCGCUUCGCCGACGAAAACAGCCGAUCGCGUCCAAAUUGAAAAGCUGACUAGAAUCUUCGCCGCACACAACAAACCAGCACCCGGUCCAAAACUCCGUCUCGGUGCCUUGCGUCAAUCUCCCCUGACACCACGAAGCCAAUCAAGAGCGAACCUGCAAAGCAAACUAACAGAAGAGGAACUGCCGAAGCAAAUCCCUUCUUGCUGAAGAAAAAAGAAUCGCAAAUCUGCGCACUUCCCAAACCCUAAGCUCUAGGGAGACGAUCGUUGUUUUUUUAAAUCUUAUGGGGCUCCCAAGAUUUAUACUUAAAUAUCACUAAUUUAAGAUCAUCAGGUUGUGGUAAAACAUGGUGCUAAUUUCUGAGGAAACGGUCCAAUCCAGCUAGCUGGUCGUCGACUCACUCUCCCUUACGGGAGGUCUUAGGUUCGAAACUCAUUAAGUUUAGUUUCAG